CUCUUCUCUCAAAAAUUUCAAGCCCCCCUCUUCUCUCCUUCCCUCUCUCUUUUAGUAUUAGUUUUGACAAAAUCUUGGUUUGAAUUUCUUUUGGGUUUGUUUAGAAACGGUUGUUGUAGAAAACAUGAAGAAUCCUCAAUCAAGCUUACCACCAGGAUUUAGGUUCCACCCAACUGAUGAAGAGCUCAUUCUUCAUUAUCUUAGGAAGAAGGUUACAUCCACACCUUUCCUGGAUUCAAUCAUAGCCGAUGUCGAUAUCUACAAGUUUAAUCCUUGGGACUUACCAGCCAUGGCUGCCUUUGGUGAGAAAGAGUGGUAUUUUUUUAGUCCACGAGACCGGAAGUACCCGAAUGGUGCUAGGCCUAACAGGGCAGCUGCGUCCGGGUAUUGGAAGGCGACCGGCACAGACAAGAUUAUCAUGGCAUCAAAGAUGGUGGCCGGUGGUGUUGGAGGAAUGCAAGAAAACCUUGGUGUAAAGAAAGCUCUUGUGUUCUACAAGGGAAGGCCUCCAAAGGGUGUCAAAACUAAUUGGAUUAUGCAUGAAUAUAGGCUUGCAGAUGCCCUAAGCUAUAACCACAACAACAAACCAAUCAAGUCCAAAGAUUCUCCUAUGAGGUUGGACCAUUGGGUUCUCUGCAGAAUUUACAGGAAAUCCAAUGUUUCAACAUCAAUAGCAGCUGCAACAAGUGGUCAAGAAGAAGAAGAAGAAGAGCAGAAGCAAUUUGUCCAAGAUCCCCCUCUACCGGCCUUGAAAACCCCUGUUAGCCAUAACAGGCUUAAUCCCCAGAAAUCUAGUUCCUUCUCCAACUUAUUGGAUGCCCUGGACUACUCAUUUUUGACCAACUUUCUUUCAGACAAUCAGGGGAACCAAACUGGGUUUGAUUUUUCUACUGCAGCAUUCAACAUCACCACUGCAACACAAGACCAGGCCUUCUCCAGUACUGGUGGAAACAUCGGUAGCAGCAGCGGCAGUUACAUGAUUCCGAAGCUGCCUCCAUUGAACAAUUCAAGUGCCCCAAACAUGGAGAACAAACUUAAGAGACAAAAUUCAAUUACUGAUGACGAUAUACUGAACCACCCAUCAAAGAAACUCAUCAAUUCUUGCAGUUUCACAAGUAACUCCCCCACCCAACCUGAUCAUACGCCACAGCAGUACAAUUUUCUAAACCAUUCAUUCUUGAUCAAUCAGCAGUUGCUUCUCAGUCCUCACCUUCAAUUCCAAGGAUAGAUAGACUGUUCCAAAAGGAACAAAGAGCCCAAAAAUUGAUGGAAAAAAAAGAAGUUAGACAAGCCUUGUUUGUUAAGAUGUGCAUGGAUGGGUUGUAUGUGUGUGUUGAUUUAUGGUAUGAAAAAGCAGAUGCCAUUUGAAAGUCAAAAAGACGAUAGAAAACAAUGAAAUAAAAUAAAAUAGGGGGUUCUAUGUCUAAUGAUUCAAAGUUGUUAUUUUUAAUUAAAAGAUUGCUUAGUGUUUGAAUUGGGA